GCGAUCCAUCACCAGGAGGAGCUCCAGACCGCCCGCAUUCACUACCCAUCUCGCUUGCACACCCGCUCAGUCGAGAUGUCUCUUACGUAUGGAGUAGGCGGCACGACCGCCGCCUUGGGCGUCGUCGGCCUAUAUAUGCUGUUUAACGGCGAGGGAGAAGCCUUCAACGUCGGACAAUUCCUCGAAACCGUGAACCCGUACACAUGGGCGAGCUUGGGCAUCGGCCUCUGCAUCGGUCUAUCAGUAGUCGGAUCGGCAUGGGGAAUCUUCACGACCGGAGUGUCUAUCGUCGGCGGAGGCGUUAAGGCCCCUCGGAUACGAACGAAGAACUUGAUCUCCAUCAUCUUCUGCGAAGUCGUGGCCAUCUACGGCGUCAUCAUGUCCAUUAUUUUUGCUUCGAAGCUCGAAAACGUCACCGACCCUGAGCGACUAUACUCUCCGCAAAACUUCUACACUGGAUAUGCGUUGUUCUGGGCUGGAAUCACGGUCGGCAUGUGCAACCUGAUAUGCGGCGUCUCGGUCGGCAUCAACGGAAGCAGCGCGGCGCUGGCAGAUGCUGCGGACCCCAACCUAUUCGUGAAGAUCCUCGUCAUCGAGAUCUUCAGCUCCAUCCUUGGGCUCUUCGCAACACUCCACCUUCUCAUCGACAUGAGCAACACAAAGUUAAAAACCGCAAUCCUCGUCGUCUCUGAAACGGCCUCGGGGGACCCUUCGACGGAUAGAUGCAUACCAAUCUUAAAAGAUGUCUUUGCCAAUCUCGGAAACAACCAAUGGGAGGUGGCCGCAGCCGAAAUCAUACCGGACAGCGUUCUCGACAUUCAGAAGUGUAUAAGAACGUGGACAGAUGGCGAAGAUCCACUCAACUUGAUAGUGACUAGUGGAGGUACUGGAUUUGCUACGAAAGACAAUACUCCGGAGGCAGUAACACCGCUUCUGGAUAGGCAAGCUCCUGGACUUGUUCAUGGCAUGCUUGCUUCCUCAUACGCUGUCACACCAUUCGCUUUGAUGGCAAGGCCCGUUGCUGGUGUACGGAAGAAGACACUCAUUUUGACCUUACCCGGAUCUCCGAAAGGAGCGAAGGAGAACCUGGAGGCAGUUCUCAAGCUGCUACCGCAUGCUUGCGUUCAAGCGGCCGGUGCAGAGUCAAGACCAUUGCACGCUGGUGGCUUGAAAAAGCUUGAAGCCGAAGCAGGAGUAUCGUCUGGUGGGACGCAUGGAGCCGCAUCGACCGGGCAUCAUCACCAUCAUCACCAUGGACAUGGUGGCCAUGCUCACGGACGUGGCGGCCAUACAGCCCCAAGAGCCCACACAAAACCAGAAGAUCGCCCUCAGUCCAAUGAUCCGACCGCAGGUCCAACUCGUAGAUACCGGUCGUCUCCCUACCCGAUGCUUGCUGUGGACGACGCUUUGAAGCUUAUCUCAGAGCACACUCCGUCAUCGGUCGUUCAAAAAGUCCCCGUUGACAUGUCGCUUGGAGGCUCUGUGUUGGCAGAAGAUGUCAAAGCAACAGAGUCCGUCCCCGCAUUCCGCGCGAGCAUUGUCGAUGGAUAUGCUGUGAAAAUCAAUCAAUCAGGGAAGUUCGCAAAGGGCGUAUAUCCAGUUGCGGUCGUCUCGCAUGCGCAAGCAGGAGAUGUAAAGGAACUAAAAGAGGGAGAAAUUGCACGGAUCACGACCGGUGCUCCCCUACCUCCAGGAGCUGAUGCUGUCGUCAUGGUGGAGGACACAGUGCUGAAAAGCCAGACUGAAGAUGGUCAGGAGGAGAAGGAGGUGGAGAUCCUUACCGAUGCGAUAGAGGCCGGCGAGAAUGUCCGUGAGAUUGGCAGCGACGUCAAAGAAGGGGACACCAUAAUGAAGAAGGGAGAAGGCAUCACAGUCGUUGGAGGCGAAUUCGGCCUUCUGGCAUCUGUGGGCACCACUGAGGUGUCCGUCUACAAGAGACCGAGCGUCGGAGUCCUAAGCACGGGAGACGAAAUCAUCCCGCACGACAAGCCUGGCCCUCUCAAGCUAGGAGAGGUCAGGGAUACUAACAGGCCCACGCUCAUCACAGCCGUACGAAGCCAUCGAUUCCAAGCUGUCGAUCUAGGUAUUGUCUCUGACAAACCCGGCGCCCUUGAGCAAACCCUCCGCGAUGCCCUCCGCAAAGUCGACGUCAUCAUAACCUCAGGCGGCGUCUCCAUGGGCGAACUCGACCUGCUCAAGCCUACCAUCGAGCGCUCCCUGGGCGGCACAAUCCACUUCGGCCGCGUGAACAUGAAGCCCGGCAAACCCACCACCUUCGCCACGGUCCCUAUUAAAGACUUCACGUCCGGGAACCGCAUCAUCAAAACCAUCUUUUCCUUACCGGGGAACCCCGCAUCGGCAGUCGUCACGUUCCAUCUCUUCGUGCUGCCGAGCUUGCACCAACAGAGCGGGAUUAAGCCUAUGGGAUUGCCGCGGGUGAAAGUCGUGCUGGAUGAGGACAUUAAGAUGGAUAAGGGAAGGCCGGAGUAUCAUAGAAGUUUGGUAGUCACGAAGGAGGAUGGGCUGCUGUAUGCGAGCAGUACCGGUGGGCAGCGGAGUUCGAGAAUUGGGAGUUUCAAGGGGGCGAAUGCGUUGCUGUGUAUGCCGGCUGGGGACGGGAAGAUGAAGAAAGGGGAGAGGGUUGAUGCGCUGCUUAUGGGGAAGUUGGGGGAGCUGGAUCGCUGAUUGCCGGAGACACUACACUGCUAGGUGUCCUUCGGCACACCAUCCAGAUUAAUUUGGUAGUGGGAAAGCGGAUUACAGGACUUCAUGGCGUGUGUUCUAUAGGUAAGACACGCUGAUGUUUAAAACCGAAUGGUAUAAGACAUUAUACUGCCAGGGGUGCUUUAGCGCACUAUACAGCGAUACUUAGUAAUAGGAAAGCGAGGUGAAGAACGUUAGGGUAGGUGUUCUGCAGGUGAGGCAUAC